AUGGUAGAUAAUACCACUGCUGAAAGCAUCAUAAGAGAAAUGGGAACCAGCCAUAGUUCAAAAUUAAAUCAACUAGUAAAACAAAUUUGGCAGUGGUGUGAAAGCCAGAAAAUAUGGAUAACAAUGGCACACAUACCAGGGGUUGAAAACUGUCAAGCAGACUUUCAGUCUCUGUCUUUCAAUUGGGGGACUGAAUGGUGUCUUAACAAAGACAUACUUACCUUGGCAUGUAACAUGCUCAGGUUUACCCCAGACAUUGAUCUAUUUGCUUCCAGAAUCAACCAUCAAUUCAAACCCUAUGUAGCAUUUAGACCAGACCCUGAAGCAAUUGCCAUUAAUGCCUUUCACAUGACAUGGGCUCAAUUUGCUUUCUAUGCUUUCCCACCAUUUAGCGUGAUAAUGCAAGUGCUACAGAAAAUCCAAGAAGAUCAAGCCUCAGGGAUCCUAGUGAUCCCAUAUUGGCCAACACAGAUAUGGUGGCCGAAAGCAAUGAACAUGGUUGUCCAACAGCCAAAUAGUUUUGCCAAAAAGCAAGGAACUAUUAUCCCUCCCCAACCAACCCAACGAGAUACACCCCAUGUAUCCAAAGCUUUGCCUGCUGAUAUGCCACUUGUCGGGGAUCAGCUCAAAAAGCAGGGAUUUUCGGACACAGCUUCCAGAGUCAUCCAAAACUCUUGGCGAACAGGGACAAAAAAGCAAUAUGCUUGCCACAUUAAGAGAUGGAUAUGCUACUGUAGUAAAAGGGAUAUUAAUCCCAUUUGUCCUGAUGUGAGAGAUGGCAUUAAUUUUCUCGCAGAACUUCUGGACUCGGGUGUCGGGUACAGUUCCAUCAACACUGCACAAUGUGCACUUUCAUCAAUAACAAACAUGUCUGAUCAUUUUAGCUUUGGUACACACCCUCUAGUGUCCAGGUUCCUGAAAGGAGUCUUCACAGAGAGACCAAGUUUGCCGAGAUACCAAGAUAUAUGGGACAUGAAUAUUGUCUUAAAUCACCUUAAACAGUCUAAAAUUGCCAAAGAACUGUCACUGAAAGACUUGACUCUAAAGCUUGUCAUGCUAAUGGCACUUUUGUCUGGGCAGCGAUGCCAGACCCCAAAACAAAAAACCAGAAGCGCAGUUUAA